GGGCCAACUACGUUUACGGAAGAGCAACUGGUGAAAGUGGAGUUUAAUGGAUGAGGAAGGGAUAUUUGUCAAUCCGUACAAUAGAUAAAUUCGCCCUGUAGUAGUGUCCCUUAACCGAAUAUCUAUAAUGCCUUUAUUUGCACAAAAUCCAUUCGAUCAGGAUGUGGAAAAGGCAACCUGCGAAACCAAUACCACAGACGACUGGGCUGUCAUAAUGGAGAUAUGUGACCGCGUUGGGACGACACCCAAUGGCGCAAAGGACUGUCUCAGGUCAAUCAUGAAGCGUGUCAACCACAAAGUCCCACAUGUGGCCAUGCAAGCUCUAACUUUGUUGGGAGCUUGUGUUUCAAACAGCGGCAGGAUCUUCCACCUGGAGAUCUGCUCACGAGAGUUUGCCAGUGAAGUGCGCAGUACAUUGCCGAGGGCCCAUCCCAAGGUGAGUGAGAAGUUGAAGGCUCAGAUGAUGGAAUGGGCCGAGGUCUUCCAGAAAGAUCCGCAGCUCAGCCUCGUCAGCGCCACUAUAAAAUCCCUGAAGGAGGAGGGGGUGACCUUCCCUUCCGGCACUCAGAGCUCCAGUGUGAAGGCUAACAGCGCUCCUCCUGCCAGCAGAGGCGCUACUGAUGAUGACCUAGCUAAAGCCAUCGAGCUGUCCCUGCAGGAGCAGAAGCAGCAGGUGGAGACGCGGCCACUCACCUUCACGGCCGACCCACCCUACAACGUCAACGGUGGCAAGGAGUCGCGGAAAGUGCGAGCCCUCUACGACUUUGAAGCGGCCGAGGACAACGAGCUCACCUUCAAGGCUGGGGAGCUCAUCAUCAUCCUGGACGACAGUGACCCAAACUGGUGGAAAGGGGAGAACCACAGAGGAGUCGGCCUCUUCCCAUCCAACUUUGUCACAACUAAUCUCAACGCUGAGCCUGAACAAGCGGCGUAUGUGGAGAACACUACUGUGGUAGAGGAGCCUACUGUGGAGGCGAGAGCAGAGCCCGAGUCU